CCUGGCUCUCUUGCUAGCUUGCCUGCUUAGCUUCCUUCCUUUUUUCCCUGCAUCCCGCGUGCACACACCCCCUUCACUUUUCCCCUUUUCUUCCCUACUCGCCUCGGCCAGGCUGUUUCUCCACCGACCAGAGAGAAGGUAGGAGGGGUUGUGGGCUUGCUUUUUGUGCCACACUGACUCAGGCACUUCGGUAGAUCAGUGCCUUUUUACUUCCAAGGGAAACUGAUUCAUAGGGAACAUUUCCUGUGUUCUGUGGGACUGAAAUAUAUAUAUAUUUUUUCCCCCAACACAAUAGAAGAAAUAAGGAAAUACACAAGACUGUAAGACUUUGUUAAUAAAUUUUAAGUCUUAAUACUUGGCAGCCGGUCCUGCUAUUGUAUAACCAGAAGUGACUGCAUUCAGUUUCCUCUGCAUUAAACAAAAUAAGUUCAUUAGGCCUUAAAAGAAAACCCAAGAAGUCAAAAUGGUUGCUGGCAUGGUAAUGCCCCUGGCAGAUCUGAGGGCCAUUUAUGAGCUCCUCUUUCGGGAUGGCGUCAUGGUGGCCAAGAAGGACAGGCGUCCCCAGUGCAUGCACCCUGAGAUCCAGGGGGUUGCUAACCUGAAGGUGAUAAGGGCCAUGGGCUCCCUCAAAUCCAAAGGCUUUGUGCGGGAGACCUUUGCAUGGAAGCAUUCCUACUGGUACCUCACCAACGAGGGUAUUGUGUACCUGCGGGACUACUUGCGUCUGCCACCUGAGAUCGUGCCCUCCUCCCUGCAGCGCGUGCGUCGCCCCGCGUCCACCCUGAACAUGAUGCGUCGGGCCAGCCGUGGAGUGGUCCAGACCGUGGAGGGCCCCCCCUUCUACGCCCCUAAACCCAGGGUCGGACAGGAGAGCCAGCAGGGCAUGAUAGACCGCCAGGGCUACCGCCACAAGAGGGGACUCCCCGGCGAGGAGGAGGCCUCGGGUGAGAGGCUCGCAAUGAGGUUUAGGGGCUCCUACCACGGCCAUGGACGCGGAGCUGUAGGGGAGCCUGGAGCUGAGACCCAGACUUUCUUCAGAAGAGGCCAAGGUUUACACAGAGAGCAACAACGUGUGCCAGAAGAGGGCCAGAGGAGAGGCUUUGCUCCACGUGGCCCUGCUUAUCCUCCUCCUCUGGAGGAUAGGCCUGUCAGAUCCCCUGCCCCAGCUGGAGAUGUCAAACCAUUUGUGCCUGAAGUUCCUGCCCCUGCUCCUAUUAAGCAAGAGAAGACCAAGGAAGUUGCUGUGCUCGUGCCUUUUGCAGAGAUCAUUGAACCAGCAUUCAUCCCUGCAGUGGAACCAGAGGCCCAAGCCCCAGCCCUAGAAUUGGAGAAAGUGAUGGAGGAGGUGACAGUUGAGGAAGUGUCAUUUGAGGCCCCCAUGCCUGUUGAAGAGGCUGAGCCACAAAAGGAAGAGAGCACCGCUGUGGAAGCUGCAGAGGUGCUAUCAGAUGUGUGGGAACAGGAGGAGCCAAAGCCAGUUGUGGAGGAGAUAGAAGAAGCAGCUGAAAAGGCCCCAGAGCCUGAGGUGUUUGAGGUGGGUGAGGCCAUUAAGGAGGAGGUCCUUGAGGCCACCGCACCUGUUGAAGAGUUUGAAGAAGAGCCCAAACAAUCCACUGAAGGGUCUGCUGAAGAGUCCAUCCAAGAGUCUACUGAAGAGUCCACUGAAGAGGUGGAAGAUGAUGAGAAAGUGACGGCCACGGAGAUGGUGGUUGUUGAAGAAGCCGCUGCCAUUCAGGCGGUGGUUGUCAGGGAUGCUCCUGAAGUUCCUCCCGAAGACCUCCCACGUGAUACUGAUAUUGAGAUACUCGAAGAGCCCAAAGAAGUUGAGGAGGAACGAUCCACUCAUGAGGAGCCUGAGGCCUCUUCGUCUGAGGCUUCUUCUGAUUCUGAGGCCUCUGAGCCUGAACCAGUCACAGCUGCAGUUGCUACUGAAGCCGAGAGUGAACCAGUUACAAUCACAGAAAACAUUGAAGCUGAGAGUGAGCCAGCUACAACCACAGAAAACAUUGAAGCUGAGAGUGGGCCAGCGACAACCACAGAAAACAUUGAAGCUGAGAGUGAGCCAGCUACAACAACAGAAGGCGCCGUAGAGGCCAAAAAUAAACCAGUUACAAUUACAGAAGCCAUACCAGAGGUUAAGACCUCCGUCCCAUUGACCAAAGCUGAUUCCACUGAGCCAGACUCUGACACUGACCUUCCCACCCCUCUACCCCCAGUCACAGAGGACUUCACAGACCUCACAGAGUACCAUCAGCAGACAGUGCUAGAGCACAUCACUCAAGAAAUACACGCUGGUAUGGCAGCCUUCAGAUCUGAGAUGCCACUUGAGGUAACCUCCCAAGUAGUAAGCUCUACAGUGUAUUCCACAGUGUUUGAGAACCAAAUCUCCCAGUCUGAGGCCUUCAUGGAACCCCCCUCCAUUGGAAUGGCAGGCACUGUCUCACAGCUUGGACUUGAGCAAGAGGCUAGCCCUCUCUUUGGGGCUGAGUGUACUGCCCCUGUCAUCCCCUCUGAGUGUCCCAUCGCCCCCUCUGAGUGCCCCGUUGCCGCUCUGAAAAGUUCCCUUCCCCAGGAUGACUGGGCCUUUCUCACAGAGGAACCUGAUGAGGAGGAGGUGAAGAAGAUCUGGCCUGAUGCUCUACAAGGACAAUGACCCAACACAUCUCCAUACUGUGUCAGGGCUAUUUGACCAAUAAGGAGAGUGAUGGAGUGCUGUUUCAGAUGACCUGGCCUCCACAAUUACCCGACCUCAACCAAAUUGAGAUGGUUUGGGAUGAGUCGGACCACAGAGUGAAGGAAAAGCAGCCAACAAGUUCUCAGCAUAUGUGGGAAUUCCUUCAAUACUGUUGUAAAAGCAUUCCAGGUGAACCACAUUGAGAGAAUGCCAAGUGUGCAAAGUUGUCAUUGGGGCAAAGGGUGGCUAUUUGAAGUAUCUCAAAUAUAAAAUAUUUUUAGAUUUUUGGUUACUACAUGAUUCCAUAUGUGUUAUUUCAUAGUGUUGAUGUCUUCACUAUUAUUCUACAAUGUAGUAAAUAGUCAAAAUAAAGGAAAACCCUUGAAUGAGCAGGUGUUAUAAAACCUUUGACUGGUAGUGUAUAUGUUGCAUUUAAUUUUUCAAUGUUAUAUGCCUGACCUGUUGCAUGAUUUGAAUCAUCUUUUGUGUAUUUGUUUUCACUGUGUGAAAUGAUGUGCCAUUGUACAGAGGACUGCCAAAAUGCUGGAGAAAUACAUAUUUAAAACACACAAGGAUAAAACCACACACCACAACAUUCACUCCUAGUUGAAAAGAUCCACUGAAAACACCACUGAUUAUUAGACACAUAUCAGACUAGUAGGUAAAAACCACACAGUCUAUGAAGGGUUUGCACAGAGCUCAGUAUCCUUACAUUAGAUAAUUAGCCAGUGUGGCUUUGGUGCUGUUUUUGUUGCCAGCUGUGUUCAAAUAAGGAUUGGAGCAGUGUGCUGAGGGCUGACCCUGUACUGUACUGUGCGUGCCUAUGCCCCUCUGUGCGUGCCUAUGCCCCUAUGUACUUGUCCUCUUGCUCAGUUGUGCACCGGGGCCUCCCACUCCUCUUUCUAUUCUGGUUAGAGGCAGUUUGUGCUGUUCUGUGAAGAAAGUAGCACACAGCAUUGUAUGAGACCUUCAGUUUCUUGGAAAUUUCUCGCAAUGAAUAUUCUUCAUUUCUCAGAACAAGAAUAGACUGACAAGUUUCAGAAGAAAUGUCAUUGUUUCUGGCUAUUUUGAGCCUAUAAUCGAACCCACAAAUGCUGAUGCCCCAGAUAAUCAAGUAGUCUAAAGGACAGUUUUAUUGCUUCUUUAAUCAGGACAACAGUUUUCAGCUGUGCUAACAUAAUUGCAAAAGGGUUUUCUAAUAGUCAAUUAGCCCUUAGCUAACACAAUGUGCCAUUUGGACACAGGCGUGAUGGUUGCUGAUAAUAGGCCUCUGUAAGCCUAUGUAGAUAUUCCAUAGAAAUCAGCUACAAUAGUCAUUUACAACAUUAACAAUGUCUGCACUGUAUUUCUGAUCAAUUUGACAUCAUUUUAAUGGAGAUUUUUUUAACAUUUUCUUUCAUAAACAAGGACAUUUCUAAGUGACCCCAAACUUUUUACGGACACAAUGUAUUUUUCAAUAGUUGUCUUUCCUCCCAUCUAUUUCUGAAGAGCAUCCCAUUUUGAUUUCUAUUUGCCGAUAUAUUUUUAACUGUGCUGUUUCAUAACAUUUCUGAACCUUAAUAAUCUCAUAGU